UUGUAUAAAACCACAGUUCCAUAAUUAUUCAUUCUAAAAAAAAGGAGGGCGAGUCAAGAGGUUAUGUUGUCUGUGCAGAGAGCGUGGGAGGAAAAAGGACUUUGAAAGGCGCACCUCCCCUUUUCAAACGUGCCCGAUUCCUGCCUCUUCCUCUCUUCCUCUGCUCUCUCUUCUCCAAGCGUGCGCACAAUGGCAGAGCGGAGGAGGAACCCCCUGGUGAAGUGGGCGCUCAUUCUUUUCGUCCUGACCUCCGUCAUUCUCAACAUCGUCCUGAUUGCCAUCCACUCCAGCAGGUCGCCCAAAUGCUCCGCUCACCCUGUCCACCCGCCGAGGGGCACCCACGACGAGCGCAGCCUCGUGUUCGCCGACCUCACCGAGGAGGAGUACGCGCAGGUCCAGCGGUACAUGCUCAAGCAGAAAGAUUUGGACUUAUCCAUCAGCCAGACCACCAAGCCAUCGCAAAACUAUCUGUUUUUAAUUGACCUUUCUCUUCCAAAGAAAGCUGAAGCGCUGGCUUACUUGGAUGGGAAAGGUGCCAAGCCGGUAAGAGAGGCGACAGUGGUGGUCUUUUACGGCACUAGAGGCUAUAUCAAGGAGUAUGUGGUGGGGCCUCUUCCCAACCCGACAUUCCACAGGGAUGUCACUAUAGAGAGAUACAACACGAGUCUGCCAAUCAAUUCACGUACAGUCACCAUUGGGGAACAUGUCUUGAUUUCCAAGUUUUUUGAAACUGAGCUUUACCCCAAGUUGGAGAAACUCCUGAAAGAAAGCUUCGGCGUGGGCCAGGGAGAGAAACUGAACACGUUCGAGCAUUUGCCCCGUGGGGUCCGAUCGGGAGACAGGAAGACUUGGAUGUCGUUCUUUAGGGACAGGAGCGGCAUGUACAUACACCCAGUGGGCUUCGAGGUGCUGCUCAAUCACGAGAGCGUAAACGAGUCCCAGUGGAGAGUGGAUCGAGUAUUUUACAACGGCAAAUACUUUGACUCCUUGGAGGAGCUUCAGCAUCAAUAUGAUAGCGGAUCCGUUAAGAAAAUCGUUUACAAGAAGUCGCCAGAUUAUAGCUCUCUGAAACCCAAGACCAAACCUCUGCAGAUCGGCCCGCAACAGUUUUACGCAGAGGGGAAGCGCUACAGCGUCAAGGACAACCAUGUCCUCUACCUGGACUGGAGUUUCGCCUUCGGACUGAACUCUCUCACUGGCAUGAGGGUGUUUGAUGUGCGGUUUAAAGGUGAGAGGAUCGUCUACGAGCUGAGCGUGCAGGAGGCCAUGUCUGUGUACGGCGCGGUGACGCCGGGGAUGAUCCUCACCAAGUUUCUGGAUUCGAGCACCGGGAUAGGACGCUACGCAUAUGAGCUAGUCCGUGGCGUGGAUUGCCCCUACGGGGCAACUUACGUGGACACAUACCGUUACAUCGAUAUCCCAGCCCCGAUGAGAUACAGGAACUCAAUCUGCAUCUUUGAGCACAACAUGGGUCAGCCCCUGCGAAGGCACUUCUCUGACUUUUACCAGAAUAGUUUUGGAGGGAUGGCGAAUAGCGCUCUGGUGUUUAGGACCAUCACAGCUAUAGGGAACUACGACUACAUGUGGGAUUUCAUCUUCUACCAGAACGGAGCCGUGGAGGCCAAAGUGCACGCCACCGGUUACAUCUCCUCUUCUUACCUGGUGGAGGGCAGUUUGAAAUUCGGACACCAGGUGGCGGAGAAUGUGCUGGGGAACAUCCACACCCACUUCAUCAACUUCAAGGUUGACAUGGAUGUGGGUGGUAUGAAGAAUAUAUUCCAGACCAAAGACAUGGAGUAUGUUAAUGUGUCAUUGCCCUGGAUGCCCGAUCGCUAUGCUAUGGUGCCCCAACUGGUGGAGAAGCAGCUCAACACAGAACAGGAAGCUGCCUUGCGACAUGACACCAAGACUCCUCGCUACCUCCACAUCGCCAGUGACAAAACCAACAAGUGGGGACACAAGCGCUCCUACAGACUCCAGGUGUACAGCUUUGCAGGUGACCACCUCCCAGAGAGCCAGGCUGAGGAAAGGUCCAUGUCCUGGGCCAGGUAUAAGGUUGCUAUCACCAAGCAUAAGGACUUGGAGCAGACCAGCAGCAGUCUGUACAGUCAAAACGACAUGUGGACACCAGCUGUUGACUUCAGCACAUACAUUGAAGACAAUGAAAGCAUUGUUGAUGAGGACCUGGUUGCCUGGGUGACUGCUGGCUUCCUCCACAUCCCUCACGCGGAGGACAUCCCCAACACAGUAACUGUGGGCAAUGGGGGCGGGGUCCUGCUGCGGCCCCACAACUACUUUGAUGAAGACCCGUCCAUCCACUCUGCGGACGGAGUGUAUUUUAAGCCAGGUGCAGAGGACAGUUGUGAGCACAACAGGAUGGCCUGCCUUACUCAAGAUGUCUGCAGUCCUGUCCUGGAGACCUUCACCUUCCAGGGCUUCUUCACAAGCAUGAAGUUUGAUUAGGUCUGAGUUGAUGUUCACUGCUGGGUUAUAGCCUCCACGAGGAAGUCAGAGGUGUUCUCAGGGUUGUUUAACAAUCUAUCAAUAAGCUCAAAUGUCUUUUUAAAUGGCAGACUUUAGCAUUGGCUUCAAAGCUGCACUGGGCAGCAUCUUGUGCAAAUUUUCUAAUGUACGUGGAAGAAAGAACACAUUCGACACAUUUUUGCCAUCCCUACAGAUUGUCUCAGAAUGUUUCCAGAAUGGCCAUGAUGAAUGUAAAUUUAUGUGACAGUACGCCACAUGUAUGUUUGGCAAGACUAUGCAAGGUACAAUUUAGGGCUCUUGUGACUUAAGGCAUAAAUAUUUAAAAUGAAUAUAUAUUUUUCCAUUUUUCACCCACUGUACUUUUACCUGCAAAGUACAGUCGACUGUGUAGAGUCUCUUUUAUAAUGGAAGUCUAUGUGAACAAUGGUGUUGCUGCUGGAGAUUUUUUCUUUUAGCAAUAGACAAUUGCCAUUUGGAAGAAAUAGAUAUUCUGUAUCUGUAUCUUGUUGUGACUGUUCUAAAAAAUGAAAGGAGAGUGUCUGUUCUGCCAGGCGUACAUGAGAUGGACACCAUAAUUAUUUUUAAAUGCCAGUAGUAGUGACCCACUGUUGGAUAAAUCAGGAUGAUCUUAUCUCAUCACAGAUAUUUUAUUAGUUAAAUAUUUGUAAUAAUUUUCAUUUCUCUUUCAGCCUCAAUCUAAACCAAUCACCAAAUUUUGAUUUGGACGGACAUGAUUGUUUUUCUCAGUUUGUUAACGAUGAAGCUCUGCGAUACGAAAUGUGAUGUAAUAUAGUCAGAUAAAUAAAUGCACUGAUAAACAUGA